CUGGAUUUCUGUUGCCUGUUUGGUGCAUACACGAGGAUGCAGCUAUUACAGGACAUAAUUUGUGUUCGGGGCGACGACAUUGCUUGCAAGAAAUCACGCAGAACGCACAUAUAGCCCAUAAUCUAUCAAUGUUCCACUCCACUCAGAAAGAAGCAUAGCGAAUUUACUCGUCAGAUGAACCGUAUAAUAGCAUGAUAAUGUCUAAACGUAAUUCUUACUGCUAUUAACAUUGAUACGGUAUAUGGAGUUUUCCCGAUCCCACGAUAUAAGAGUCUUACAGGGAUACUGGAAGGUAACAUCGCGCAUAGAAAUAAGCACUGACAUAAACUCAACGAAAAAUGGACAUUAAGGACCAAGGAGCACAAAUGGAGCCGCUCCUGCCAACGGUGCACAGCCCUGAUGGAGUCCCAAGUGAGAGAAAUGACGAGGAGGCAGUGGUGGACAGGGGUGGGACCCGCUCCGUGCUGAAUACCAACUUUGAGAAGGAGGAGCUGGAAGGCCACAGGACGCUCUACAUAGGCGUGCACGUUCCUCUCGGGAGCAGGCGGACGCACAGACGACACCGGCAUCACGGGCACAGGCACAAGAAGAGGGACAGGGAGCAGGACUCCGGAGUGGACGACGGUCGGGAAUCUCCCACUUACAACACGCCCUCACAGAGAGUGCAGUUUCUCCUGGGCACCGAGGACGAUGACGAGCAGCACAUCCCCCACGACCUCUUCACCGAGCUGGACGAGAUCUGCCUGCGUGAGGGGGAGGACGCAGAGUGGAAGGAGACCGCCAGGUGGCUGAAGUUCGAGGAGGACGUGGAGGACGGCGGGGAGCGCUGGAGCAAGCCCUACGUGGCCACGCUUUUCCUGCACAGCCUGUUCGAGCUGCGCAGCUGCAUCCUCAACGGCACCGUACUGCUGGACAUGAAGGCCAGCUCGCUGGAGGACGUAGCAGACAUGGUUCUGGACCAGCAGGAGGGUUCCGCCCCGUUGGGCGAGGAGGUACGUAAGAAGAUCCGGGAUGCCCUCCUCAAGCACCACCACCACCAGAACCACAAGAAGCUGGCCAACCGGAUCCCCAUCGUCCGCUCCUUCGCCGACAUCGGCAGGAAGCAGUCUGAGCCGCACUCCAUGGACAAGAACGGUCAGACGGUGUCUCCUCAGUCCCUUCCCAGCAGCACCGAGGGGAAGGGGGACGUGAGCCGGGAGAACAGCGCCGUGGACUUCAGCAAAAUAGACCUUCACUUCAUGAAGAAGAUCCCUCCGGGCGCGGAGGCCUCCAACAUCCUGGUGGGUGAACUGGAGUUCCUGGACCGGCCUGUGGUGGCCUUUGUGCGCCUCUCCCCCGCGAUCCUGCUUAACGGGCUGACGGAGGUGCCCAUCGCCACUAGGUUCCUGUUCAUCCUGCUGGGCCCCCCCGGGAAGGGGCCCCAAUACCACGAGAUCGGCAGGUCGAUCGGGACCAUAAUGACCGACGAGGUGUUCCACGACGUUGCGUACAAAGCCAAAGACCGGAACGAUCUGGUGGCGGGCAUCGACGAGUUCCUGGACCAAGUGACCGUGCUGCCGCCGGGCGAGUGGGACCCGUCCAUCAGAAUCGAGCCGCCGAAAAGCGUGCCGUCUCAGGAGAAGCGGAAGAUUCCCGCGGUGCCCAACGGCACGGCCGAUCUGAACGAGCACGGCGGACACGGGGGCCCGGAGCUGCAGCGCACGGGGAGGCUGUUCGGAGGGCUGGUGCUGGACGUGAAGCGCAAGGUGCCGCACUACCUGUCGGACUACGCCGACGCCCUCAGCCUGCAGUGCUUGGCCUCCUUCCUCUUCCUGUACUGUGCCUGCAUGUCCCCCGUCAUCACUUUCGGGGGGCUGCUGGGGGAGGCGACGGAGGGCCGCAUAAGUGCCAUUGAAUCCCUUUUUGGAGCCUCCAUGACAGGAAUUGCCUAUUCCCUGUUUUCAGGCCAGCCGCUCACCAUCCUGGGCAGCACGGGCCCAGUGCUGGUGUUUGAGAAGAUACUGUUCAAAUUCUGCAAAGAAUACGGGUUAUCCUACCUCUCAUUAAGAGCCUGCAUAGGCCUGUGGACGGCCACCCUCUGCCUGGUGCUGGUCGCCACGGACGCCAGCUCGCUGGUCUGUUACAUCACGCGCUUCACCGAGGAGGCCUUCGCCUCCCUCAUCUGCAUCAUCUUCAUCUACGAGGCCCUGGAGAAGCUGAUCCACCUGGGGGAGACGUACCCCAUCAACAUGAACAACAACCUGGACAAGCUCACCCAGUACUCGUGUGAGUGUGUCAGGCCCCCGGACCCCAGUAACGCGACACUGAGUUACUGGACGGAGAGCAACAUCUCAGUCUCUGAGCUGGAUUGGCAGGGUCUGAACGUCAAGGAGUGCAUAGAGAGCAGAGGGGAGUUUGUGGGCAGUGCCUGUGGUCCACACGGGCCGUACAUCCCCGACGUCCUCUUCUGGUCCGUCGUGCUCUUCUUCUCCACCGUCGCCAUGUCCGCGUUUCUGAAGGACUUCAAAACCAGCCGCUACUUCCCCACGAAGGUCAGGUCCAUCAUCAGUGACUUUGCUGUCUUCAUCACUAUCUUAACCAUGGUCUUGACUGACUAUGCCUUAGGAAUCCAAUCCCCAAAACUUCAGGUCCCCAAUGAAUUUAAGCCAACCAGAGAUGACCGUGGCUGGCUGGUCAACCCGGUGGGCCCCAACCCGUGGUGGACCACCAUCGUGACGGUCAUCCCUGCCCUGCUCUGCACGAUCCUCAUCUUCAUGGACCAGCAGAUCACCGCUGUCAUCAUCAACAGGAAGGAACACAAGCUAAAGAAAGGCUGUGGGUAUCACCUGGACCUGCUGGUGGUGGGGGUGAUGCUGGGCAUCUGCUCGGUGAUGGGGCUGCCCUGGUUCGUGGCCGCCACCGUGCUCUCCAUCUCCCACGUCAACAGCCUGAAGCUGGAGUCGGAGUGCUCCGCCCCCGGGGAGCAGCCCAAGUUCCUGGGCAUCCGGGAGCAGCGCUUCACCGGCCUCAUGAUCUUCCUGCUCAUGGGCUGCUCCGUCUUCAUGACCUCUGUGCUGAAGUUCAUCCCCAUGCCUGUGCUGUAUGGAGUCUUCCUGUACAUGGGCGCGUCAUCCCUGAGGGGUAUACAGUUCUUUGACCGCCUGAGGCUUUUCGGCAUGCCGGCGAAGCACCAGCCCGACUUCAUCUACCUGCGGCACGUCCCCCUGAGGAAGGUGCACCUCUUCACCAUCGUCCAGCUCAGCUGCCUGGUCCUGCUGUGGGUCAUCAAGACGUCCAGAGCGGCCAUCGUCUUCCCCAUGAUGGUGUUGGCUCUGGUGUUCAUCCGGAAGCUUCUGGAUUUCUUCUUCACCAAGAGGGAGCUGAGCUGGCUGGAUGACCUCAUGCCGGAGAGCAAGAAGAAGAAGCUGGAGGAUGCCGAGCAUGAGGAAGAGCAAAGCAUCCUGGCUGAAGAGGAGGGAAUUGUGCAGGUGCCAUUGGAAGAUCAUUAUAAGAAUGACCCAUCCACAGUGAACAUCUCUGAUGAAAUGUCCAAAACUUCUUUUGGAAACGUCUGGAAGUCUCUCAGUACAGACAGCUCCAAGAAAGAUCAAAGCUCAAAAAGCUCCCUUUCCUAACCUCUUAGAAGCUGAUUUCCGAAAGCGUUUCCAAGAGCAGGGCCAGAGGGAAAAAGAAGACCGAUCUGGAGAAGGACUUGGACCGGGAGACGAGUCUGUGAAGUUCCCUUUGAAGUUCCCCUUGUCACUGUGCUUUUUAAAUGGAUGAAUAUAGCGUGCCGCAGUACACAGUCGGGUAGACCACUUCUGCGUGUUUUCGUCCUGUGAUCCUCGUACUUUGUGUGAACUGUUUUUUGAUGCAACUGAAUCUGUGCUUCUUCAAGAGGCAAACAUGUAUCUAUUACGAUAAGUUUUCUUUCUUGUGUGUGUGUGUGUGAACUUACAGUAAUACCAGCAAAUGAAAUACGAUUUCAAUCUUUCAAACCAGAACACCACAGAUUUAUACCAGUUUAGUGUUCCUUUUGUUCAGAGAUAAUUCACCAAAUCCAAGUAUUAUUUAUUUUGGAGGGAAUUUAAGUUUUUUCGUAAGGUGAAUCCGCCAAUUAAAUUGUUAUAAUUAAAAUACAAAUAUCAGUGAAAAACUCUGACCCAAAAUAUGCUUUCUUUGAAAUGUUCUAGCCAAGUGAUGGAGAAGAGGGAGUUGAGGAGUGUUUUGUGCUUGAUAUAGAUCAUUGCAAAGUCGAAGAGAUCUGAUACAAUUAUAAACCAAUUGUCGCCAAAGUGAAGGCUGAGACACGGAGGAAUCAUUCGAUUACAUUUUUGCUCCCAGUGAUGAGGGUGUGUGGUUCAGGAAGGGGAGUGCAUUGUCCGGAGUUUAAUAGAUUUCUUUCCCUUUGGGAUGAAUCCUGUGGAAUAGCCUAUAACCUCCAAUGAGUCUUCAUGAUCUGUCACUGUAGGUUUCAUGAUCAGUAUUUAUGUUAGUCCAUGGCCUAAAUAAGAUGUGUGAUUCAUGUAUCAUUGUGGUUUUAUUCUUUUACGAUAUUCUACCAGUCAACGCUGUUUGAGAUUGCACAAGUGAAUACAGUAUCGAUUACUAUCAUCUAUACUGGAAACAUGUAAAGAGGAUGGGAUCAUGACUGCUUGGAUGCAAUAGAACAUCAUUUUGAAUAUCCUUAUGUAUAUUGUUCUUUUGUUAGUUGCAAUUGUUUUUAAAAUACUUUUUGUAAAUGUGUUUUGGUAGCAUCUUGUGUCAAGGCCACAUUAUUGUAGUAAGUUUCUUUGUUGCUUUGUUGCUUCGGAGUAUGAAGCCGUUAUAGUCCUUAAUUAGAAGAAAGGUGUUAGGAAUUUCUUUAUGUUCCUCAUAAAAAAUGUAUCUCCAUUUCAAUGUAUCUCCUUGAGGCUACAUAUUUUUGAACCGCCACACACAAAAAAGAAAUAAACACUAUUCUGUUUAGUCCUAGCAACAAUUGUGAUAUGGUUGUUUUACAGACUUAGGAACAUCAUCUUUACUGAUCAGUAUGAGGAGCAAUUUAUAUGUUGUGAGAAAAGGUAAAAGACUAUGUUGAUUCAUACAAAAAGUGUGUAUUUUUAAAUGUUUUGUAUUUCUUUUUUUCCAAAAGAUAACGGAUUGCUACCAUUUAGAAAUUAUAUUGUAAAAACAACUGUGAUUAAACUUAAAAACAUGAGUAUGCCUGAAGUACUAACUAAUAAUAAAUAUGACAACAAGCUAAAUAUUUUACAGGUACCAACUUUGUGCAUGAAUUAAUCAAUAUUGUAAACCUGUCAUUUCAAAUGGAGAUCUGUAUAUAGAAUAUGAAAUAUUCAAAGAGGGUUAAUUAUUGUAUAAUUUUGUGCGUGUAUGAGUCAUAUAGUUAUUUUUAUUUUUUCCUUCAUUUCAACUAAUUUCACAAGGCACAUUGUCAUGUAUAAUCUUUUUUUUUUUUUUUUUUACACGACAUUAUGUUUACACACAGUUCAUUUACGAUAGUGGUGAAAGAUUAUUUUGUAAAACAUUGAACAGUAUGUACAGGCCGGUACACAAGAAAGGGUUGUUUUGGAUUUAUUGUACAUAAAUCUGACUUUGGCGAAGAUCGCUUUCCUUCAAAAAGGUCGUCGCAUACCUUCUGAUUUGUUGGGGCCUAACAUGGUUAACCACGGAUUCUUUUUAAAGUUGUUGCUUCAAUUAUAGCUGUGUUGUAUGUAAUCAUGAGGAUGUGAUAUGCCACCAGUUUACUUUGCACCCCUGCAGUGUUUGACUUUCCGUGUUUGAAACUAAUUUUGCAUGUAGCUGGUAAGCAGGCAAACUCUCAACAGUAUGUGUUUCGAAGUCUCAUAUCACUUGGAGGAAUUUUAGUCCAAAGAAUGUGACCUUUGCUUCACAAGUGACAAUGACUGCAACCGUUGAUGUGUUCUCAACAGAUUAUUUUCAAUAAGUGUACAGUCUAGAUGAAGAUAUUAACUUAACCGUGACCUGUGUCUUACAGGAUUCAUGGUUAUUCAAAGACAAUACAGAUGGCAAUAGUACAUUUUUCCUAAAAGGGCAAAGUACAUUUAUUUUAUUUAAAGAUUAAAAUUGUUUUAUUGUACAGUCAAUAUUAUUUUGUUUGCAUAUGAAAUGUACAGUAAGUGUAAUUCCUAAAAUGUUAUCCAUGUAACCUCUUGUUUCAUUUAUACAAGAAAUAGGACACAAUUAACUGGAAAGCUGAGUUUCGAAUUUUACCUUUGUACUGUCUUGUUUGUGUUUCUGAUUUGUAAAAUUAUUGUUAUAAAAUAAUGUUAAAUGAGACAUCCAAUCAAAGAUCAUAGUCUUUCAUUUUAGCCAUUAUUUAUGCCAGUACAACUUCUUGUCAUAAACCUACCAUUUUUUAUUAUUUUUGCCUUAAAUGUGCAAUUUUAUGGACUUGAGAUUCACCGUUCACCGUGGAAUAUGAAUUUACCUUUGUUUAAAAAUGUCAUUUAUUACAAAAGUGUUUAUGUGAAGAACCAAUAAAUUUAUUUAAACACUCUUUUCAAUUAACCUCUCAAACACACAUAAAAUA